CACCAGUCAAUGGCGCUGCUAGCUUGGCGCGGCCACGCUCGCGAAAGAAGCUGCAGCAGAAGGCGACGCGACGGCGACGGACGGCGCUCGCACUGGCCCGCCGUGUCUUCAUUUCUUCUUCCGCUCCGCCGGCUCGCCUAAUCCUACCCCGUUUGCCGCGGCCUGCAGCCAGCGCGUCGGGGGAGCUAACCUCAACGUCCUUCCAGCCGGGGGCUGGCGAGCGCCGUCGCCGCCAUGUACCCGUGCCUCAGCAUCGAGGACGCACAGUUCGGCGGCUACGACAGCAGCAGCAGCGGUAGCAGCAGCCCGGUCUCCUCCCGCUCCGGCCCCUCCGAGAGCGACGGCUCCAGCAGCAGCAACGCCGACGAGUUCUGCCCGGACCCGUACCCGAGCGAGACCGAUUCACCUUCCUCCUCCUCCUCCUUCGUCCGCGACAGGAUGGACCGCACCAACCUCCUCACGGAGGCGUCCGCGUGCGUGCUCGACGACAUCGACAGGCACCGGCAGCGCAUGCUCGCCCUCCUCCCGGCCUUCUCCUCUCCAGCUGGAGCCGGCGCGCGCGCUGAAUCCUUGUCUCGCUGGCUCUCCGGGUUCUGCGUCGGCUGGGUUCUGGACAUGGACGCGUCCGGCUCCCGCGGCGGCGCCGAGAGACUCCCGCGCCGGGAAGUCGGGAGAAGGGUCAGGGCGUGGGCGCAGGCGCUGGGCACCAUGGAGCGCGUCUUCCGCCUCCGGCACCGAGAGCUCACUGUCAAGCAGGUGGAGGCCCUGGGGGAGCUCGCGGCAGCGAGCGCCGGCGCGAUGCUCAGGCUGGCCCGGGCCGUCGCCGCGCUCGAGAGCUCCCCGUCGAAGCUGCUCGCGGCGCUCGACGUGUACGUCCCGGUCUCGGAGGCGUUCCCCGUUCUGGGGAGGAUGUUCUCCUGGGGUCCCUCCCACCCCGUCUCGGCUGCCGCCGGGGGCACGCUCGCCGCGCUGGUGGACGCGGCGCGGAGCUGCUGCCGCGACCUCAGGGCGUUCGUUCGCUCGCACUACCCGUGGCGGAUGCCGCAGGGCGGCGAGGUGCACCCGUGCGUCGGCUUCUGGAUGGGCUACUUCCGCUGCAUGCUGCGCAACCGCAUCUCGCUCUGCUUCGUCCUCGGCGGCAGCGGCGACGGCGAAGAUGCGCCGCCGCCUCUCGCGCCGGGCGCCGAGGGCGGCUUCGGCCUGGUGACGGAGCUGGUCUCGUGCCUGGAGGCUGUGAUCGAGGAGAAGUCCACCGCGCUCGCGUUCCCGGGGCUGCGGCAGGUGUUCAUGCUCAACAACACGUUCGCUAUCGUCCGCCGCGCCGUGCGCUCCGACCUCAAGCUGUUCCUGCCGCCGGGAUGGGUCCGCGCCCGCGAGGAGCGCAUGGCUGGGUACAUCAAGGGCUACAUGGACGCGUCCUGGGCGCCCAUCGUGGCGCGCUUGGACGACGCCGGCGGCACGAAGCCGUCCGCCGUCCUCCGCCGCCGGACGACCAACCGGCUGAGCGCGUUCUACUCGGCGCUGGAGAACGCCUGCAGCGCUCAGAAGUGCUGGAAGGUGCCCAACCCCGUGCUGCGAGGUAUUCUCCGGAAAACCGUGUCGGCGACCGUCGUGCCGGCGUAUCGCCGGCACUUGGAGGUCCACCCGGAGGUUGACGUUGCCGUCGGGCGCUCCGCGGAGGAGCUGGAGCAGCAGCUGUCGGACCUGUUUGAAGGCUAGCUAGGAGACGGUGUUCCGUACAAGUAUAGGAUCAGCAGAAGUGCAUUUAUUUACAUACAAGGAAACGGAGUUUGAUACAGAACUUGUUUCAUAGCUUUGUUGUAUCAGAAUUCAGAACACGGAGACCG